CGCAUGCGCAGUCUGUGCGCUCCAUCUGCCCCCGCCCCGUCCUCUUCCUCCUGUGCUGGGGAAGUGUGGCUCCGUUCUCCGCCUCAGGCUGUGUCAGGAGAGGGGGGGAGCUCCUCUCGCCGGUGCCGGGGAUAUCAGGAUUGGACGGUAGGCACAAAGGGAAGAUACGACACAGCUGCUUUGUAUUGCAUAAUCCUCUCAAGUGUAUUUCAUCCAUUGAAAACUUGAAGUGGGAGCUACACCGAGACACGUCAGCAUCCUGACAUAUUGAGGGGUGACAGAUUUCCUCCGAAGUAUGCGGUGAUCAGUGAAGGAGAGACAAACUGCCAUGUUUUUUUCCUGAGACAACAGACUGUGGCUGGAAGCUGAAGAUGCGGUCAUGGACAGGCUCCUGGCGUUGGAUAAUGCUCAUUCUUUGUGCCUGGGGCACAUUGUUAUUUUACAUUGGUGGGCAUUUGGUACGAGACAAUGAUAGCCCCGACCACUCCAGUAGAGAACUGUCUAAAAUACUGGCUAAACUUGAACGAUUAAAACAGCAAAAUGAAGACUUGAGGAGAAUGGCAGAAUCCCUUAGGAUACCUGAUGGUCCAGUCGAGCAAGGUGCUGCAGCAGGAAGGAUACGAGCAUUAGAAGAACAGCUGUUAAAAGCCAAAGAACAGAUAGAAAUGUACAAACAGCAAUCCAGUAGUUCUGUUACUGGCAUUGGAAAAGACCAUGAACUCUUGAGACGGGCCAUUGAAAAUGGGGCAAAGGAAUUCUGGUAUUUUGUUCAAAGUGAACUAAAAAAGCUGAAAAAUAUGGGCAAAAAUGAACUCCAAAGACAUGUGGAUGAAUUAUUGGUCGAUAUGGGUGAUCAGCAAAGAUCCGUUAUGACAGAUCUCUACUACCUCAGUCAAACAGAUGGUGCAGGAGACUGGCGAGAAAGAGAGGCCAAAGAUUUAACAGAGUUUGUGCAAAGGAGGAUUGCCUAUAUCCAGAACCCUAAAGAUUGCAGUAAAGCCAAGAAACUAGUAUGUAACAUCAACAAGGGCUGUGGAUAUGGUUGCCAAUUGCACCAUGUUGUCUACUGUUUCAUGAUUGCCUUUGGCACUCGGAGAACUCUAAUCCUGGAGUCACAGAGCUGGAGAUAUGCAACGGGUGGAUGGGAAACUGUCUUUAAGCCAGUUAGCAACACAUGUACAGAUAGAUCUGGCACGUCUACAGGGCAUUGGUCAGGUGAAGCAAAUGACAAAGAUGUUCAAGUUGUGGAGUUACCAAUUGUUGACAGUCUCCAUCCAAGGCCUCCUUACCUGCCACUUGGCGUACCGGAAGACCUUGCAGAUCGAUUGAUGCGUUUACAUGGCGACCCAGCUGUUUGGUGGGUUUCGCAGUUUGUCAAGUAUUUGAUCAGACCUCAGCCUUGGCUGGAAAAGGAAAUUGAAGAUGCCACAAAAAAACUGGGAUUUAAGCAUCCAGUUAUUGGAGUUCACGUUAGGAGGACCGAUAAAGUUGGGACAGAGGCAGCGUUCCACCCAAUUGAAGAAUACAUGGCACAUGUUGAGGAGCACUUUCAGCUUCUCGCUAGAAAGAUGCACAUAGACAAGAAACGGGUUUACCUGGCAACCGAUGAUCCAGGACUGCUCCAAGAGGCAAAAACAAAAUAUUCACAGUACGAGUUUAUUAGCGACAAUUCCAUAUCGUGGUCUGCAGGUCUACACAACCGAUACACUGAAAAUUCUUUACGAGGGGUCAUUCUCGAUAUCCAUUUCUUAUCCCAGGCUGACUUUCUUGUGUGUACAUUUUCUUCCCAGGUCUGUCGAGUUGCCUAUGAAAUCAUGCAAACACUUCAUCCGGAUGCUUCAGCCAACUUUCACUCCUUGGAUGAUAUUUAUUAUUUUGGAGGACAGAAUGCUCACAACCAAAUUGCAAUAUAUCCCCACCACCCUCGAAAUCCUGAAGAAAUUCCUAUGGAACCUGGAGACAUUAUUGGAGUAGCUGGAAACCACUGGGAUGGCUAUUCAAAGGGCAUUAACCGCAAACUAGGAAGAACUGGUCUAUAUCCCUCUUAUAAAGUUAAGGAGAAAAUUGAGACUGUGAAAUAUCCCACUUACCCAGAAGCCAAUAAAUAGGAGCAGAUGACUUAUUCUUGAAAAUGAUGUGCCAUUGCAGCUGUUCAAAAGAGAAAACUGCCAUUUUAAUUUAUAUGUGAAUAAAGCAGCUGUUUCACAUGAAAUAUGACAAAAGGAAUUUUAAACCAUGUUGUUGUUCCUUGACCAUGUUGACAGAUCUUUUAUUAUGAGAAUCUAUAAACAUACAAGUUUUGAUGAUGAUACUCACGGGUCUGCUUUGUGGCUGAGCACAGAACAUGAUGCUCACCCCCUGUUCUUAACAGACAGCGACUCACAAAUGUUUAGGACCACCAUGUUGGGCAGUCAGAGUGGUGUGAAGAUGUUUUAUGCGUGCAAGUUUUUAAAAGGUGCCUGUGACCAGUAAGUUACUUGCCAUAGAGAAUCGGGCACAGGAUGAACUGCUGUACAUUUUGAACACCAGAUUUACUCCUAUCCAAGAUUUAUAAUGGAAUUUGAUUAUUUUACUCAAGAACAUUUGCUGAAAGGAGUCCCCUUGAGAAUACGUCACUUCAUUGUUUAGUAAAAUGAAUGGUCCAUCAGACAAACAAAGCCAUUCAUUGUUUGUUACUGUAGGAGGAUUAUUUUUUGUACAAAAACUUUGAGCUGAUUCUUAAAUAAGUGUUCUUGGCAUUCAUUGUCUUUGAUAACAAUUAAAUAAUACCAAAUUGAUAUAUAUUUUUUUUGUUUUCAAACUGUUUGGGAACUAAUGAAUUUAGCCUAUGGUAAAUACUUGUGUAAAGUUACACACAGUAUUUGCAAAGUACAUAUGAAAACAGUAAUAUUUUUACCAUAUGUGGAAGAUAGCAUUUGAUAGACUGUGUGGAAGCUGUUGUUAAUGGGGAAGUAGCCAUUAUUUUAUAAGUGGUAGUAAUCCAAAACCUAAGUGAAAAUGAACUAAAAUUGUCCACUUAGACCGUGCAAUUAUUUAAGUAGAAAAACAAUGUGUCAACAAUGUUCUCUCCUUGGUCACUAAAAGUACUUUAAUAUGUAAACCCAUCUUUUGGCCUUUUUUUUAUGUUUGUAGCCUAUUCAAUAUAUAAUAUGUGAAUUCGGUCCUUUUGUUGUAAAAUAUUGACCUCUGAAGGAUUUAGCUCUCAUCUCUAGAAACAUUCAAAUCUCCAGAAGAAAUAGCAGUUUUAUCUGUACAUGUCAUAAAGGGGGUAGACAAAAUCAUGGUAUCACCAGUAUUGUAGGAGAUGUAUUUUUCAAGUGUUGCCUAAACAAAUAAAAUAAUUUUAUUUCUGUAUGCCUA